CCGCCACAGUUCGAGAUCGGCCAGCGCGACGUUGUGACGUGUUAGUAGUCUGUCGGUAGUAAGAGUUGUUUGAUCGCGUAGUAUCAUUUAAUGCAUUCGAUUCAUCGUCGAUCGUACGUGGGACGUUAACGCGGUCGCGAGUGGUGUCAGUGACCGGAGAUACGUCACGUGUGUCGACCGAAGAUUGAGAGAGAAACGGAGACCGGUGUGUGACGAACGGCAGAAAGAGAGAAAGAGAGACUGUCAUCGUCGACGAGAAGAGUGGAAAGAGACAGGUGGUCACCGUCACGAUGGCAGCCUGCGAGCGUCUUAUCGUCCCGAUCGCCGUUCUCCUGCUGCUGCUGCAACUAACAGCUUACGCGGACGCGAUAGACCCCCACUUGGAGAUCCUGCCGAGCGGCGAGACGCAGUCGAAACCAAUCGGCUCCAGCAUCAUCCUCACGUGCAAGCCUCACGUGGACCAACCUGACCUCAUCGACAAUAUGCAUUGGCUCGACACACAUAAUCAAACGAUCGAGCCCCUCAAUCUCCUUGUUUUGCCGCUCAAAAGCUCGCACACGGGACAGCCGAAGACGACAAUGUACACCGAGAAGUACCCGGACGGCAGCCUGGCCCUGUUCUUCAACUCCCUCGACGAGAAUCAGGCCGGGAAGUACUCCUGCAUUGGGACUUACGCGAGUAACGUGGUGAUGAGCAAGUCUAUCACGAUCGAGACUAUCAUCGCGAUCACUUGGGAGAACGCACCACUGGAUCAGCAUCCUAUCCUCGGAGAGGACUUCCCCAUUAGAUGUAAAGUGCGCGCUAGGCCUGCACCCGUGGUCGACUGGCUCUACAACGGCGAGCUGAUCAGGACCAACGAUCGUUACAUCAUCGAAAAAUUCGCCCUGACAAUCAGGAAUGUUCAGGAAUCCGAUGACGGCGUGUACACUUGCCGAGCGUCGGUGCAGACCACGGGAGAAUUGCGGGAGCGACCGAUCAAAGUUGAGGUGUACACGAGACCCUCGAUCGAGGAGAUCUCGGGCCCGAUCGAGAUCACCGAGGGAGAGCCUGGCAGCAUUUUGUGCAAGGCCAGCGGCAAACCGCCGCCAAUACUGAGCUGGAUCAAGUCGCUCACCCAUACGAACCUGUCCAACGUUGACCGCUUCAGCGUCGAUCCGUACAAUGGCGUGCUCAGCAUCAGCGAGGUGAAGCGCGAGGACGCGGGCGAAUACGAAUGCACGGCGACGAAUCCCGCCGGCAUCGCCACCAUGAACAUCCUGGUGAACGUGAUCGUCAAGCCAAAGAUCAUGGAGUUCAUGAACGAGACCGUGGUGGAGAACAAACCGGUGAACAUAAUGUGCAAGGCCUUCGGCCGACCGCCGCCCGACGUGAGCUUCAGGAAGCUCACGCUCGAGAAGCAUUACGUAAUGGGACCUCAGCCGAACGACGACAGAAUCAUCGUGAUAAACAAGGCAGACGAUGUGAACGGCGAGACCGUCGGCAACUUGACGAUCAUGAACGCUCUCACGUCAGAUGACGGCCUGUACGAGUGUGUGGCGAAGAACCGCGGCGGCUACGCCCACAGGAACGGCCACCUCACCGUCGAAUAUCCACCGUCUUUCCGUUCGAUGUCGAAUGUCACGGUUUGGUCGUGGGACAAGCGGCCGGUAAAUCUCACCUGCAUCGCCGAGAGCAUACCGAACGCGACGAUACGUUGGACGCUAUAUGGCGACCAGGAAAUCAAAAGCCUUCCGAUGAUGAAGCAGAUCGGCAACGGACCCAUCUCCAUUCUGCAGGUCACACCGACCAACACCAGAUACUACACCAACUACAAGUGCAUCGCCGUGAACCUCCACGGCACACGCGAGCAUAUAAUCGAGCUGAGGGAGGCGAAGAGGCCUGGCUACCUGCUGGAUGUGAAGAUGACCGAGAUCAGCGCGACGACGAUAGCUUUCGCCCUGGUGCCGCCGCAGCAUCCGGAUCUACCCGUGACCGCCAUCACCGUCCAGUACAAGGACGACCGUGAGAUCUGGACGCAGGCGAGGAACAUGACGUGGAGCGUCGCUCACUCUGCACCUGGCCGGUACGUGAUCGAGAACUUGAAGCCGCUGACGUCAUACGACUUCCGGUUCGCGGCAAUGAACGACGUCGGCCUGGGUAACUGGGGCAACGAUUAUCACGAGGUUACACCCGGCAAGACGGUGCCGAAGCAGCCGAAGAUCCUGGUCCCGUUGACGAACGAAGAAUACGACGUGUCGCAGUACAAUAACCAGUACGAGGUCGGCUGGAACACGCCGGCCGAUAACGGCGAGCCCAUAGACGUGUAUCAGAUGAAGUACUGCCAGAUAAGACGCGUCGUCGGCGAAUGGGAGGUGUUGCACGAAACCUGCCGAACGGCGGAAAUCAAAGACCGGAACAGGCACUGGCUGAGGGACCUCAACUCGGACACCAUCUAUAGAAUCGAGUUGCAGGCUCACAACGUGAUGGGCUUCAGCGAGUCGUCAUUCGCCAGGUUCAAGACGGCUAGAGGUACGGACUCCGGCGUGAUGCACCAUGAGGGCCCGCUGAUAUCGAGCGCAGUCAUAAUCGGCAUUGUCAUCGCGAUACUAUUUGUCAUCAUUAUUAUCAUCGACGUCAUCUGCUGCUGCGCACACAAGACAGGGAUCAUAUAUUACGUGUGCGAACGAUCUCGGCGGAAGCCAAUCGACGAGGAGGACGCUAAGCUCGGCAGUCUUUACGGUUGGCGGUUUCCAUUGCCUUAUUGCGACCAAAAAAUGGCCAAUGUCGCCGGAGUCACGGCCAACCACGAGUCGGGUAGUGGAAAAAAUACCAUUAGAUUGGUCAAACACACCGCCAUAGACGAGAAGGAGCCGCUGAAAGAGGAGAAGAAGAUCACGCCUAUCAUCGAUUCCGGACUGCGCCGGGAGACCUCCAUCACCUUUGACGGCAAGAGGUCCGUCUCCAAGACCGGCUUUGUCGGCAAGGACUCGGCCGUCUAGAUAUUCUUCCGGCGUACUAGAUUGUAAAUCGUCCCGGAGACGCGAUCGCGCGGUCUCCGGUCAAAGUGUUCUCGAAAAGAAACAAAAACAAACACGACAAACGAAACAGGGAGGAGAAACAAAAACGAUGCGAAAAGAGAGAGAGAGAGAGAGAGAGAGAGAGAGAGAGAGAGAGAGAGAAAGAGAAAGAAACAGGAGAAACGUGCAGAGCGCAUCAUCGUGAGCUUGCUUGCGGAAGUACCGGGGGUUGUAAACCGCUCCGGCGGGAUUUUCCCGGACGCGCGGAGCAUCUCGCAGUUGCAUUUUCGCCAUUCACCCACGAGCCUCUCCGAGCUCCGCUUUUCGUUUUCGCUCUCAAACGUGCACGGUUUCACGGUCGCACCCGACCGGCCCCUCCUCUCCCUUUCGAGACCUCUUAUUCGCGUACUGCGAUACGCCGCCUUUUCCUACAGGUCCUUGUGGAUCCCUUGAAAGCGCUUCCUGCUAUUGGUAAACUCGCCGACUACUUUGCUACGAGACCUUCGCUAUACGUCUGAUUUUGUGCGUGAGGUAAGUCAACAGCUUCGAGAGAGAGAGAGAGAGAGAGAGAGAGAGAGAGAGAGAAGGAGCGAACCUUGGAAACCUGAUGUGUACUCUUUGUGCUUCGUCUCUCUUCAUCACUGAGAAAUGUGAUAGCAGUGUUCUUCCUAAAUGAAGGGAGAAUCGACUGUACCGUAUCGACUCUUAGAAGAGGGAAAUCGUCGCCGCAAAGAUGCGGCAAUUGAAAGUAAUAUUGCAAAUUGACAUCAAGGAACUUUUUUGAAAUAUUCCUCACUGACAGACGAAUCACGUUCCGAAGGUUCGCCUCUCUCGAUCGUAAAAGCAAUCUCAAACUCCCACGUCCCACGUCAGAUGUACUCGCACAGAUAAUCGAUAGUUCGCGAGACGAGAAGUGCGAAAUGGGCGGUAAACGCGUAUUUCGUAGUCGUUUUAGGAAGCAACUAUGACGAAUAUAACUGUACUUUAGCGCGUACUGCAAGGCAACGAGCAGUAGGUAGGUCGCUUGCGCGAGAAGCAGAAGGAGAAGAAGGCGUUGAUGAUAAUCAUGACGAUAACGAUGAUGACGGCAAAGGGGAAUGUACAAAAUUCGUCGCGAAAUUGGUAGAGGUCGAUCGAUCGAUUUAGUGUGAUCCAUGCUUCGAGGCACCCUUUAGAUUAUCGCAAUCUAGUACGCUGGGUAGUAUCGCGUCCUUCGUCGCGCGCAACUUGACGAAAAAAGCACGGGGAAAGUCAUACUCUGUUGCGCUUCGAGGAAGAAAGGAGGGAGAAAAGGAGGAGACAUGAGAGAAAAGGAGGAAGAGACUUUGUGUUCGUUCCGACGGAAAUGCAUAUUGCAUUUUAAGGGGUAUAAAAGUGGAGGAAUACGACGCUGGUAUUCCUCCGAGUUUACUGAUACUCAGGCAACUUUGAUUCUUUCGCCAUUUCGCCGGGAGAAUCUGUAACGCUAUUAUCGGUUUAAUAUUAGAGGGACGACGUGUGCACGUCGCGGCACGCGAAUUUUCAAUCGGAGUCGCAUGGACUUCGGGAUCCGACGGAGGUAUUUAUUGUUGUAAAAGUGGUGAAAGAAUUGAGAUGAUAGAUGAUGAUCCUCGAGAGCGCGAAAGUGGAGCGUGAUACUCGCGAUUACCUCCGCCGAUUUGUCCCAAGACGAGUGCGACACGAAGAUCUCGCCGAGUCUUCGAUGUCUUUCCAAAGUACAAUUUUCCUUCUCUCUUUUUCGUUUAUUAACGCAUGCGAAAAUGCGUUGCGAAUGUUUCUUUUCCGUUGUCAAACAAGCUCGACGAAUCGUUUCGUCUACUGUGGCGAAAGGGAGCUUGAGACGGAUCGGCGUGGUUUAUCAUCCGCGAGGCAUCGUCGUCCGUUAUUGCGCGAUCGAGGAACAGCGAGUGAGCCUCGCUAUUGUACCCCGCAAGCGGCAACAGAGAAGCCCUUUCUAUCUUCCUUCCCCUUAGGCGAGGUGCGCGCGAUUUGCGCGUCAACCUCCGCGUUGUAUAUAAACUUUGAACAAUCUAUUAUCUUCCCUCAUUCACAUACCUCCGUGUACAUCUCUCCGUGUCUUUCUGAUUAGAAUCGACCGUCGGCCGAGACACGUGAACAGUAGAUAGCUCUUUCACAUAUUGCGAUACCUUCGUCGCGUUUCUGAGCCCUCGUAUCUUCGCCUCCGUAAUCGUAGAGCAUUUGAUCCUCUUUCUUUUCGUUUCUGUUUCGUUUCUGUGUUUUAAACUUUGAAAGACUGAUUCGUUCUUUUUUUUUUUUUUCUCUUUUUCUUUUGUUUUAAACGUCGAACCAGGGAAACUUUGUCAUUCAAAUAGGUCGAAAUGGAAUGCCGAAUUUCCUCUCUCUCUAAAUGUUCAAACGCUACGCGCGCGCGUGUUCUUUGUGCGAAUCUUGCGAUCAUGUGUGUGUAGUUAUGAGCGAAUUAUUAUGGAGUACCUUGCGCAUAUCUGUCACACAGCAGCGAAUCCCUUCGUUCUGCGUAUACAUUUUGUCAUGCAUACAUAGAUUUGUCCUUUUUAACUUGAGUGAGAAAUGCUCUCAAUUUGUUUUUUACUUUAUUUCUUUUUAUAAUCGUGAUACUGUAAAGUAUAUGUUUUUAUGAUGUUAUGGUUAUGUGCGUCGUGCAAUGCAACAUGCAUAAGAGCAGCCCAUUCUUCUUUGUGUCUGUUUCUUUUUUUAGAGUUUUAAUUUUUUAUGAUUCAGUGAUUUAAUGAUUUCUUGCCCUUCUAUCGAGAGUAGAGACAAUAAUUUUCUUAUUUGACAUAAAAAUUUAUGAAAGGAGGAACGAUCAAAGUGAAGAUUGGGCCACUCUUACGAGAUUGGACCUCGAUCGAAGUUGCAGAAGUCAUCGUGAUUGGGUUAUCAGUCGCGAUUGUGCAGGAAUCGUGACGAAGAGCAGCGUUAAGAUCCGAGGAAGAAGAGUCGGUGCGUGAAACUUGAUAGACUUCUGACGGAUCUUGGUACGUUACUUUAAAUACAAAAGUCUCUCUCUGCACAUACAUACAUACAUACACACG